GUUUUUCAUUUCAAACCAGAGGACUUCCUAUGUUUAUUUCACUUAGCAAGCCACAUGCAGUCUAUGGUGGCGCAGGUAACACUGAAAGCAGCGAAAUUACAUUACUGGAAAGCGAUUUGUCUUAGCAGACGUUGUUUUUCAGGUAUAAGGCCUUAAUUAAUACGCUUAAACUUAUUAUUAAUUUCUGACGUGAGGUUCAGAUUACCUUGGGCUCACGCUUAUAGAUUUGCGUUUUGCGCUGAACUCAGCAUCCCAUCAGUGUAAAAUUUUAUGGCAAAGCAGCCAGAGCAACCGGCAAUUACACAGAUUUACUAUUGGUAUGUUUUUAUAAUACUGUAGUCCUAGGCAUUCUUGGCGGGGGCCGAGAGUACGCCAUUAUAAUUCUAAUCAUAACUACAACAAAAUUGUCAAAUUUGAUUGGCUAUCAACUGCCCUGAUUUCAGCCUUAAUUGGACAGUUUAAUAGGACAGUACGCGUCAUACCUAAGUAAUUGGACAGUACGCGCCAUCACGCGUGCGCUUAAAUGGCUUUUUUUUUUUUCACUGCUAGCAAAACAAAAUUUCGAAUUUCUUGUGUCUUGAUUUAAAACAUAGCCUAUUAUGUUACAAAUUUUGUUCAAGUUAUGAUUUUCUAUACAUUAUCUAGCUGCUUGAUUAAACGACUGUAAUGAAAAUGAUCAUUAUUUUCUUUGUUGGUUAAUUAUUAACAAACCCCAGCCCAACCUCUAUUCAGGGAACACUUACCUUGAUCAUAGGGUGUCUUCUGAAUAGAUGUACCAUUGCAUGUUUAUAUGAUAUGCAUGUACAGGGAAAUUCUAUCACAAUUUUAGACCAAAACGGUAAUAAAAGAACAUACCCAUCGGCACUAACCCUCUGGAGUUGGGUACUUACAGUGUAUUAAUUUGACAUAUAUAUGGGAUAUAUUGUUAAAGUGUGAAAGAUAGUGGUUGCAAUAGUUUAGUCUGGGAAAGUGUAUAGAAAAAUAGAGGAUUUUGUUGUAGAAUAGGCAUUCAUUUAUGAGAAAAGACUAAAAUGGAUCAGAACGUGUUAUGAAGAUUGGAGUUUCUGGUUCAUAGCUCAUCUAGGAUGGGGUAAGGAAUUUUUUUGUCUAACUCUGGAAUAGGGAAGCAAAAUUGCAGCUGAACAUGGUCUGGUACAGGCUAAGGAUUCCAUGAGGAUCCUAAUGACAUAUCCCCACCCUAACAUCAUCUAAUAUAUGCCCUUAUAAAAUCAAACUUAAUUGACAGAUGUGAUCUGACCUUUCAGAAAAAACCUUUUUCUCAUUAACAAUUGGUCCUGCAAGUUUUAUUCUCCAUGCAUGGCAUGAAUAUCUUGCUUUCUUUCUUUUUAAGCAUCGUCGAUAUGCAAAAACAUGGAGAAGACAUUUCAGUUUCAAGACAAACUCCCAAGUCUUCCAGUUCCACCAUUAGCUCAGACCUGUGAAAAAUAUUUAGAUUCGGGUAUGUACAAUAUUAUUGUAUUGCUACAGGGGUACCCAAAGUCAAUUUUUGGAAAAUAUCUGUUCGGAAGACGAUUUGAGAUCUAGGAUUUUCUGAACAUUUGUUGGAAAAUUUCUUGCUUGCCAGCCUCUCCUAGGAUUUUCAAACAUCCAAAAAUGAUAUUAUUACCCAUUUUUAACAGAUUUUUACCCUAAAAAGGUCACCUAGAAUUUUCGGGAGCCUUUUUUCUGGCUGAAAUUUUCAAAAAGGUAAGUUUUGAUCCCUAUAAUUUCGGAUCACUAGACUUUCAGCUAGGAAAUCCAAACAGAUGAAAAAUUUUUAGGGGAUAAAAAUAUGCCUAUAUCUACCGUUUAAAUUCUAAAAUACAUUUAACCAUGCUAUGUUUAAGUGGUUUUGAACUAUAUUCUCGUUGGGUGCCCCUGUUGCUAGAAGUCAGGCGUUGACAACAACCACAGGCAGUAACUGGCACCUGGCUUCAUGUUGAAAAAUUUACACUGAUCUCAGAAUCUCAUAGGUGUUUGUUAUGAAUUUCAAAAAUUCUUCUCUUUAUGAGUUUCUUCCCCUCUUGGAGUCCCAAACUUUUGCUCUAAGCUCUCCAGUUUCAAACAGUGAUCUCUAUAAUCCUAUCAGGAAGGGUUCUUAUAGCCCCAGUUGAUUAAAAGGUGGAUAACGCUAUCUAUCAGGUAAAUCACUGUUCAGUGAACAAGGCAAUAAUUGUUUUCCCAAAUACGUCUUGUUUAGAUGUUGAAUUCUCCAGUGGAUGGCACUGUCCACCAUUUAAACAAGGGGCUUUACAAUGGUGUUGGCAGCUUGGUUAGUCUGGGUGAGUCUGGCACAGUAUCAUUUCUGUUAAUGUAAGUGUAAAUAGUGAAGUGGGCUGCCACCCCAAGAGUCAGAAACAACACCACAGACAAACCGUUUUGCAAUGGUCACCUUAGGGACUGAGGUACUGUAAAUGACCGAAGAACAUGCAGGAAGUCUAUUUAAUUUAAGUGGUCCAAGCAGGGGCAUUUAUUAGAUACCUAGGAGGCGUUUAAAGAGAGAGGAAUGUAUUCUUUAAUUCAUAGCUGUAUCAAGUUCAACAAAACUAUAAUAUGCUUCUAGCGAAAAUAUCAAGAGAGUUUAAAUAUAGUGGAAUAUCCACUCCAUCAAUUUUGAUAUGUCUGGCUGUCUAGAGAUCCAUAUCACUCUUUCAAAUCCCAGCAUUGAUGUCAUAAUCAUUGAACAUUGAACAAGAUGAAAUGUGCAAAGCCUUAAAGCAAGAAACUGAAUGAAUCGAAUAAUUUUGCCCUUUUUGCUAAUUCCUAGUAUUUUGGAGUAAUUCUCAUAGGGGCGUUUAUUAGAGAGGGGCAUCUAAUACAAUUUUAACAGCGUAGAGGGAGUGUUUAUUAGAUAAGAGGCAUUUAUGUGGAAGUGGCCGUCUAUUAAUACCAGUAGGUCAUUUACAGCAAGUAGCUGUUAGGGGAAUGGGGGAAGGUAAUAUGACACCUUUUUGGGGAAAUGUUCCAGGACCAGUUCUAUUUUUAAAAACACUUAAAGCACAUUAUUGCAUACAACAAUAAUAAUAACAGUUUAUUUAUUUAUUUAUUAUUUUCAUUCUUGUGUUGUGUUAUAGUGAAGCCUCAUCUUACAAGAGAGGAGUUUCUCCAUACAGAAUUUUUAGUGAAUGAAUUUGCCAGUGGUAUUGGAAAAGAACUUCAGCGAAAACUUGAGUUAAGAGCCAAGAGCAUGAGAAAUUGGGUAACUAUUAAUGGCUUUGUCUACCUCAGCAUCACUUUGUGGUGCACUGGGUUUAUUUUGCUGGUGUAUGCAGGUGUAACUAAAGGCAUUAGGAUUAGGGGUAUAGUUCAGUUAGUUAGAGGACUCUUAAUUUAGUCACACCUGCAUGUGCACCUUUUAUAAUAAGUAAAUAUAAAAGAGAGUUUAAGCUUCGUGUAUAUGGCAUAUGGCAAACAUCAGAUUCAAGUUGAGAAUUCCUCAAAAUAGAACAUGAGCAGCUCAGAACAAUAAAUAUUCUUAUGGAGAAAAAAUUGAAAAAAAUACUUUAUGUGCAUUAGAAAUGAUUUUGAACAGUAAGCGACAAGUAGUGGGGAAACUUGGUCAUGUGGUACAAAUUCGCACUUGCCAUGUGACGUAAACAUGAUGCGUAACCUCUCUAAUAAUAUCAAACCCUCCAUGUGUAGAGUUUCAUCAAUAGGAGAUUAGACUGUACUGCAGUUUAUGUGAUCUUAUUAUGAUUAAUUUUGAUGCACACUUUGACUGGCCACAGAUGUAAUUCAAUGUUUGAUAUAUAUUUUCUGUGAAGUAGUUGACAAACCCUUGUCCUCGUUAAUGCCACCAUAAAACUGUAUUAUGUUAUACUGGAAGAGGCUUGCAAAAUUAAAGCUUGCAUGGAUAAAUUUAAAAACUGGCUGCUAAGAAUUUUUAAGUGAGAGUGGGAGGGACAAAAUGCCUACUAUAAUCUGAGUACAUGUAUUGUACUGGCAAUUUUUCCAUAAAAUAUUCUUCUUUAUUCUUUAUCAGAAAGUGUGUAUGCUUGGGAACUCUUCUCAUGGAGCUUCCAGUAGUUUGAUUCCCGAAAGGAGGGAAUAACAUUUAAGAGAACUUCACCUCCUAAGUUUCUCAGCAACUGGUGGAGCCCCUCCCCCCGCCCCUCCCCUUUAACAAAAAGAGGUGUACCUUACUGGCCAUGAAUGGUCCCUUACCUGCUGAGGUAAAAUUUAGGGAGAACGCUGACUUGUGGGAGGCUCAAAUAUAUGUUUGUUCAUCAGCUUGAGCCGUGGUGGGAAGAUGUAGCGUAUCUAUCAUCCCGCUCUCCGUCUGCACCUACUAUCAACAUUGGAGGCCCAUUACCUAUAACAGAUAUUUGGCCUGCUCAGGAAGGGACCCAAAUCAAGAGAGCUGCGUUAAUGGUUCAUGCAACUCUUCAGAAUUGGCAGAGACUCUAUAGGUUAGUAAACAAGUAUACAAGCACCUUAAAUACAGCAUUCUAGCAAAGUACCAUUUACAAACUUGAAUAUGAAACAUUUAUGUUUAUAGGUACAUGCUGCUUAUGAUAACAGUGAAAUCCUUCCAGUCAUCUGUGGUAAAAGCAGAUCAUGUUGACCCAGUGUUCUGAAGCCUUAAUGAUAUUGUGCACAGUUGUCGCACACACUCCUUAGUAGGGUGUUCACGAGGCAUCAAGAGAUUAGAGAAUUCUUCAUUCACUUUGCAGAAUUCUCCGGCAAACGUUUAGUAGCUUAUGACUAUUUUUUAUCCAGAUGUGGAGCCUCUUUCAAAAAUGUUCUCCUGUACCAUUACACCUUUCUCCUGUGACUCGACUUCUUAAUGAAAACCCUGCAAAGUUUUACCGUUUAAGGUUUCCUAAACAAAUCAAUAUCCUUCUGCUGCUCAAGAGGGCUGUUACCAUGUCGAGCAAGUCUUCUUGUCACGCAGCACAAAGAGUGAUGGCACGAAAAUAAUAAGUCAUAAUCAUAAUCAUCACUACAUGUACUCUCAAAUUCGUCACUUCUUGGGUGUCAAUGUAAUUACUGUAUACCUGCCAACUCUCACGCCUGCGGGUUGAAAACUUCGAUCUCACGCCGGCUCACGCCUGCGGGCCAAUUUCUCAUGCCUGAUUGAAAAAUGUGAGUUGUUGCCGUCCUGCUUGAAACAAUUUCCAAAAAUAUGUUAACUCAGACCCAUGUAAGGAACGAAAACCAUGUGUAAAAUGAAUAAAUGGCAAUACCUUCCUCGCGAUCUCUGAUUUUUGAAGUGAAAAGCACUGGGAGCAAGCUCGCCUUUGGCAGACUUCGCAGACUUCAGACGUCUUCGGAAGACUUCGGACUUCUUCGGGAAUCUUCGGAAAUGAUCGAGUCGUCUUCAAAAAUCCCAGCACUCCCAGGAUAAAAAUCUCACGCUUAUAUCUCAGAAAAAGUUGGCAGGUAUAUUACUGGUAAGAUAAUUUGUGGGGGGAGGCUAGCGAAAGGGACAUUAAAGUGUAAUUCUCCUUAUCGCAAAACUUUUGUCAUGUCAUAUUAUAACCUGACUGUAUGGCAAGAGAUCUAAUUCAAUUCACAGAGUUAACACAGUCAACAGGUCAGCGUUGACCUUUUGACAACUGCUGUGGUCAUUUUCUUUUCAUAGUGAAACAAUGCGUGCAUGUAUUUUCCUUAGAUCUUUCCAUCGAUACCUUGUUUUGGAAAUUCUGACCAAUUCUGAGUGAGUUACUCACAAAAAUUAUUAUACCAAGUAGCAUUUUGGGAGGAAAUCCUAUGACUGGCUUACCACACUUUGCAGCCAAGAUUAAAUUUGUCCAGUGUCCUGAAAAGUUAGCCAGCCGCAAUGCAAGAGAAAGGCAAAGGGAGGAAAGGGAGAGAGAAAAAAAGAUCAUUUAUGUUGAUAUGGAAUAGAAUCUUCAAAAAAAACCGCAAAAUUUUGGCUUGAUACCAGUAUGUGUGAAAAUAAAAAAGCUGCUAAUUAAGAAUUGCAUUUAAUUAGUCAGAAAAUAUGCCCUUAAUGUUGCAUAAAUUAUCUCAUUUUUAGCCAUUUCCAUGCUAAUUGGACAAAAACCAGUUCAAAAAAGAGGAUGAAAUUGCUGGAAAUGUGUUUUGUUUUUGCUGUAACUCAAUGGCAGUCAACUUAGCUUAAAGGUUUCUUAUUUAUGUUAUAAGCAUAUCAGUGCAUAUCUGUUCAUAUCUGUUUACUAGCUGAUGCUCCAUGUUUUGUUUCAGUCUUUUGGAAAUUUCUGUGAAAAAAAGAGAUGUAUUAAACAUUGUAUUAUGGUAAUAUAUUGACACACUUGUUUUCCUAAUAAUUUUUAUUCUGUCUUCUCACUCCUUAUUGAUUUUGUUUAAUAGGCAAGAAGUACCUGUUGACAGAAUGGGUUCCAUUCCAAUGUGUAUGUUUCAAUUUUCUCGACUCUACUCUUGUUGCAAGAUUCCUGGCAAGGAAAAAGAUUCAUUAAAAGCCAGCUUUGUAACAGGUACAAAUUAAUUAAAUUAGGCAGCACAGCUGAGUGGUUAGCCUGCAUCGCAGACUUGGUCAAGCCAAAUUCAAAAGGGAAAAAUGAAGCUUUAUUCCCUUCCCCAUGGCCACCUCCUUCAUGCAAUAAUGGGCUGCUGUUUUUAAGCCAGUACCAGUAGGAAACUGCAAACAACCCAAAUUUGAAUUUAGGGGGAAGGGGUGUGGACUGUUUUGUUUUCUGAAGUUACCCCAUGAAAGGACAGUGUCUCAACAAUUUUGCCAUUCAUUUGUAGUUUUUCUUUCGCUGCCCUUUUUUCAUGUUUAUGCUAUGCAAAUCCCUUACAUGUGGGACAUUUGAUCAUUCUGAUGGCCUACAUAGCGGAAAAUCAAAGAGCUUUCCAAUACAUUGGGACACUGGGUUAGAUCAAAUUAAGACAGACAAUAUUAUUGUCCAACGUUAUGGAACUUUUUCGUGAAAUAGUAAAAUAAUAAUUAUUGCCAAGCCUGACUUAUUUUAUUCUCUUAAUGUUUAAGCGCCUUAUGCUUCACCACGUCAUAUUAUGGUGCAAAUAAGAGGAAGGAUCUUUUGUUGCACAGUAUUAGAUGAAAAUAUGGAGCCACUUUCACCACCUGAGAUAGAAAAGUAAGUAUGAGUUUUUCUUUUGGUCCUUCAUAAUAGCUGUGUUUUAACAAUGUAUAACUCGCUCUGGUGGGGAUAGUGCCAUAUACAGGAUAUAAUAAUAGGCAUGCGCCACUGUGACAGGUAUGAUUUUCAAGCAACUCAGUCUGGGAUAUGGUAUUAUAGAAAUCAAAGAGUUUGGGUCUAGAAUAGGGUGUCAUUUUCAAGAAAACUGAUCAAUUUGGGGGUUGAAGAAGAUUUUAGUGUACACCGGGAAAACCAGGAAUUGACGCUAAAAUGAAUGAAAUCAGCAAACCUUAAUUCACCCACAAUCUGCAAAGAAGGCAUCGACCUUAUUAAUGUCUGAAAAAUACAAGCACCUAUAGGAUAGGGCGGUAGUUUAGGGUAGCAUAAUUAGGUCUGGUAUAGGGAAAGGGGUCUGGGCUCCCAGUGGCACAUCCUUACACAAACAUUCCUAAAGUACCUCCCCCUGCCCCCCGCCCCCCGGAACUCACCAUAGAAUCAAAGAAGAUUGCACAGUGCUACAGUAACAUGUUGCUUGUCUCCAAGAUUUAUUUGAAAAAAGGCACAUAGCAUUACUGACGUGGAUAAGGGCCCAGGGAUGGAGGUACUUCCAUGUGUAAGCUAUUAAGGUACAUGUCACAGGGAUAAGGGUAUGGUUUUUAAGGUGCUAGUAAAGUGAUCCCUUUAUGGCCUUUUUAAGGCAAUGUUUCCUUGGCCUGUGCCACAGACGGAAUUACUCAAGGGGUGUGGUAUACCCUUUUCUAAGAUGUCUAGGUAUCUGCCAUAGGGUAGAGCAUGAACUCGGGUCUGUAGCCCCAUUUAUAUGGGAGUCCCCCCGGGAGAAAUAGAGGGAAAUUAUGCAACAAUGUUUAAUAUUUCACAAUGGAAAAAGAGUUUAAGAAGGAGGAAGCGAAAAAUAUUUUGCAAAAGUCAGGAAUGCAAACCGCCCGCCCUGUCCCCCUCCCCCCUACUUAAUUCACACAGUAUGUCACUGGUGAUUGGCAGUCAACAGCUUAGAAUUGAAAAAGCUAACGCUGAAAAGCUGGUGAACGUCAAUACCUGGUGACUGUGCUAACUAAAUAACAAUUGUUGAUUGGAUACACCCCUGACCAACUGUUUAUAGGCAGCUUCAAGAGAUCGAGUCCUUAGCAUCAUCGCCUGGAUUAGAGAUAGGCAGUUUGACAGGAGCAGAUCGGAAUGUUUGGUAUGAGGUGAGGAGGUCAUUGACUUUGAUGUAGCGCAGAGAAGAGUAGCGCACUUUCACCAUGAUACAUUACAGGCACUAUUUUUAAGCAUCCCACAAGCGAACAUGAUGUGCAAAGGAUCCUGGCAGCUUGAGUCAUGGACAACAGAUGGACCUGUGUAACUUUAUUGGUUUCACACUCAAGGGUGUAAGAACAGGCCUCUUUUGGGGAAUCCCAUAGUUUUCAAUGACAGAUUUUUUAGUAAGUCCUUUACACAAGUUUUGGACUGAUGCCUCGGGACAUGGGAGGACAUGUUUCUGGAAAAUUAACCCUUUUUUUCCAAUAAAAUGCAACAUGAAUUCUCUCCUAAUAUUAUCAGUACAUCAUCCAGGGAAAAGGUUAUCGGAAUUAACAAAAUGAUCAACUAAAGGAAAAUUGGAGUGAUCUUUUAUGAAAUUCUCUCAACCAGUUUUUUCAAUGAAAUUUAAGGGUGUCAGUUUGGAGAAUUUGUAUGUGGGUAAAAAGGGGGUGCAGCGCAUGACACCAAAAGGAGUAAAAAAAUCAUACCCUUUAUGGCCGCACAAACUGUAUAGCUUAUAUCAAGAGCCAUAAUGGGACAGCUGUCCCAUCAUGGCUCUUGCUUAUAUAAGGGCGUACCAACCACACCCCCACGAAGUAAGGAACCAUAAACGGCAAAACCUUCAGAUCCAGAGACUAAUCCCCUCCCAGCCCGGGCCCGGUAGUCUGCGUAGCAAGUGUUUCCGUGCCGUUUCGGAGCAAAAAACAAGGAAUGAGUGUCAAAAGACCGCGCGAAAAAUGUGACGAGCAAAAGAACGGGGAGGGGGUGGGGAGGAAAGGAAGAGAACUUCCCCUCCCCGCCUCUUUCAUUUUUGGCUCUCAUCCCAUUUUUCGCCUGACGAAGACCAAAAGUCCAAUUCCUCGUCGUUCCUCGUUCUCUUUUUGUUCCGAAACCACACUGAAACGCUUGCUACGCAGGCUACGGCCCCGAUGGGAGACUCAUCUCUCACGUGAACAAUCCAAGGAAUUAUGCAGGCUAAACUGCUUCUUGCUUUUACGUUCCCAGCUACGAGAGAGGCUGAUUAGGUUGGAUAAAACCAACCAAAAGAACCUAGAGACUAUUGAAACAAGUUUGUUUGCCCUGGUUCUUGAUGAGCGCAGCCCAGUGACAGAAACAGAGGUAACUGUAUAAAGAGUUUGAUGCAGUGUUCUUACCAGACCGCAGUAUUGCGGCAUUGCUGCCCUUUUUCGGGAAAUGCCGCACUAUAAUUAGCCCAAGGAGACCCAAGGGCACAAAGAAGGGAAAGAACCCUAUUACCAAAUGUAUAUAAAUAUACGUACACAUAAAUAAAUUUCCUUAUAACAUAAGCCAAAAUUUAAUUGGUUAUGGCGUCUUUAGAAAACACCCAUGAUUAUAUCUAAGACUGAGACCUGUGAAAACGUUGAGAUAACUGUAUCUGAAACUGGUGACCCGCUUUUCUACCUCACGAGAUCCACAUUUGCCUCAUUUGACUAAGUAAGUGUGUAGGAAUAAUCGCGAUAAAGUCUGAAAUUACGCAGUUAUACUUUUUAAUGAGACGUUCUCGUUGCCGUCGCGUCGUUGGAUCUUAAAGUCCAGUAGUCCCUAUUAGUUUUUUGGCACUAAUUAGAGACCUUUAGAUUCGAGGACGGGGACGGCUACGAUUACGAGAUUUGACUUAAAGUUUUUUCGCGUCUUCUCAAAAUAUAGACUUCCCGGAGAACUUCAUUUACCAUAUUUCACAAGAAAAGUUGGCACUGUUAUCUUUGGUGAAAGAGGUUUCGCGCUUUCCCUAUCGCAAAUGAUAAAACUCCUAACAUUUGAUAUCUUUUUUUCGCCACCACGACAUUCGCGCGAAAACUCGUAGUAGAAUGGCGACGGCUACCACGUUUUCCCGCCAAAAUGACGCUGGCUCACGCGUGAGCACUACUUAGUAUUAGAGGAAUUUAGAGUGACGUUUACGGCAAACGGCAAACGUCAGAUUCAAGGGAAGAAUUUCUCAAAAUAGAAAAUGACCGGCUAAAAGCAGCCUAAAAAAUUGUUAUAGACAAAACUAACGUGGAACGAAUCACUAAUUUUGGGGUAAAAGUAAUGAGCAGUAAAGCAAGAGUUGAGGGAAAACUUGGUCACGUGGUGCAAAUUCACGUUUGACGUUAGCCGUAAACGCGACUCUAAAUUUCUCUAUGUUAUAAUUGAGAAAAUCUCGUACUCGUACUUGUCUUAGAAUCUAAGAUCAUCUGAAGCUCUCUACUAAGCUCCAAAGCAAGUAAGUGCGAGUAAUCUGCAAUACUAGACAUUACCUCAGUGACUUAUGUUCUCUUUUUAUCGCAGGUGUGUGUAGAAUCAGUAAAGGGCGAUUGUAGAAAUCGAUGGUUUGACAAAUCCUUAAGCAUUUUAGCAUUCAAAUCUGGGAGGUUUGCUACUCACUGUGAUGUAAGUACAGUUACUUCAUAUUUGCACAGUUGCUUUGACCUAGCCCCUCACAGAAAGCUAACUUCCAUUGCAAGGUCAUUUGAAUAGGGAAAUGUUAUCCAUUCAGGGAGUUUGCGAAAGUUCACGUGGUUACGUGGCCUUGUGUACAUUUAGAGACGUCCAAAGACAGAGCCCCUGACCAUAAAAAAGAACCUCUGAGACAAAUGAAUGUAACAACAUGAAUUAUUAGUGAUGCAAAGAAAUUUUCCUCAUCCACUUAUCUUGGUCCCUGCGCCUCUUUUGGGUAACCUGUGUAGUAAUCACGUGCCAAGCGGUCAAUGGUUGACUAGUUGUUAGGUGUGGGGCUCUGCCAAAAAAAUGGAAGGAUGCGUAGAAAAACAUGGUCAUUUUGUCGUGAAACCCCAAAUAUAUAUUUUUUCUAAUACAGUUAAUAUCCAGGGCCCGGUUGCUGGUAAGUAUGGUUAAGUUUAACCCAGGAUUAAGCGAAAUUUUAAGCAAGGUUUUCUUGCUAAGAGCAUGUAACUCAAGCUUUCAAAAUACUGUUGAGUCUUUUCUUUGCGACACAGUAAUGAUUUACACAAAAUGUUUCUCUACGCAAUGCGUAGGAAGGUAAAUACAGAAAAGGGAGUAAAAUCUUAAUCCUGGAUUGGCGCUAAUCGGGCUUUCAGGAACCAGGCCCAGAGGGCUUAAAAAACGGAAUAGAAAAAGCGCUCGGAAAGGAGCUAAAACAGUGCUGAUCAAAAUGCUUUUUGCAUUAAUUUACUGGUUUUUUAUUAGCAUCAAAACGUCAUAACAGAGCGGAUUCAUUUCAGUACAUUUGGAGGGAGGGGUGCCUAUAUCCGGGGGGACGCUUAUAAUCAGAUGUAUUUUUUUGUAAAUCAUAACUAUAACAAAAUUCUCAAAUCUGAUUGGCUAUCAAGUGCCCUGAUUUUAGCACUAUAGAACAGAACGCGCCAUCACGCGCGCGCUAAAAUGGCUUUUCUUUUCACAACUAGCCAAAAAAACUCUCGGAAUUUCUUUUGUUUUGAUUUAAAAAAGCCUAAAAUGUCCCAAAUUUUGAUUUUGUUAUAGUCAUGAUUAAUUUGUAACAGAACUUCGUGUCGUCCAAUUCGGUCUGUAAUCAUACUCGUGAUUAAACCGCCGGACUCCCGCCCCGCGUCGUCCGAUUUUGUUUAAUCACUCGCAUGAUUACCUAUCGACUUGGACUCCACUCAUUACUAUUACCACUAUUUACAGGUAGAUAGACGUAUAACUGAGGAGGGGAAGGGAGGGGGGCUUAUAAGCGCCAGUUUACUGUGUACCGUUGCUAAGACUAGAAUACCUCUCGUCUGGGUCUUUUGCAUUAUCAACUAACUACCAUGAACAUUUCGAUUAGAUUCGUACCUCUAUCCUUGUAUGAAAAUUAGAAUUCAUUAUUCAUUCAAAAUAUUUCACCGUUUCUGACUGGCUCUAAGCUAGCACCGGCUAAAUGUUCAUACCCAACCGGCGUUGAUCAAAUUUGAAAGAUGCGAGCAACAUACCAUCGAAUCGAUGGCGUAUUGGCUUGGAAACGGGGUUGAUCGAUGGUAUAAUAUUUACCUGGAAACGAGGCUACUCGCGCGACAGUCUAUUGAUCAACCUCGUUUCCAGGCGCGGGCGCCUAACUGUUUAUUCACGAGUGAACUGAAAAAAUAGCGUUCACGGUUUGUGAAGACUAAAUAGCUGAUUUCUGACUAAAACUGACCGGAAGAAAUGCAAGAAUACGCACAACAUAUUGCUCGAUGGAUGUUAUCUACUUUUUUAGCAGUAUCUACUAGAAAA